CGUGGAAGUGUCGAUGCAGCGGAGCACAAUUGCAAAUUGAUCGCAUCGUCGCAUCGAACCAAAUGCUAGCACACCACAUGAUCCAUCGAACACAACCGCAGAAAGAAACAUAUACCCUAGAUUCAGGGAUGGGAGGGAGAGAGGGAGGGUGUAGCUAUUGCGCCACCACCUCGUCCGCUUCCGCUUCCGCUUCGAUGUGUGGGGCCUCGGAAUCCAAACCUGCAAUUGCAGUUUCUAAAUAUGGCUCAUCUCUCGGUCAUUUCGGGAUAAUCUGUAACCCGACGGCGAAUUCUCUGGUCCUAUCGGUGUCGCAACUCUCGUGGAUCGUUCGUUUGGGCCUGGAAGGCUUGAACAGAUUGGUGCUCAACAGAAGGGAUGGACGGAGCGAGAGUGCGAUGCAGAUCUUGUGAAUUGGAGGAAAAGAUGGUCGGAGGGUGCGGAGGUGAAAGGGGUUGGCUGCUCUUCCGACGUGGGUGUUUCUCGAUCUCGUGUUUGUGGUCGUCCUCUGCUUUCCCCACCUGGUAGGUUGCGAACCGGAAUGGUGCGUUCGGAAACUGGUUUUUUGAUCUUCCGAGUGAUGAGUGGUAGAUUGGAGGAUUGAGGGAUACCAUGUCUUGUGCCGUCGCUGCUGUCUGUCUGUCAGCGUUCUCGCGUCUUCAUUGUAUCUGCAAUCUGCGUUCUGUCUCGUUGUUAUCAUCGCCAAUGGGAUCGUCUUUUCUUCCUCUCUUCUGUUUCUCAGUUGGAGGCCUUGGAAAUUGUCGGCUGUUGUCGAUGAGAGGCGCAUUCUGAUUCGAUCGAUGCUGAGUCUCAUGAACGAGGAUACGUAAAGGUUUCGAAACAACGAGCUGAAAGGUUCGAAGUAAAGAAUGAUUCCACACAUUCAGGUUGACUAUAUCGAGUCACAAUAAGAGCAGAGUCACAACGGAAUUGACUCCAUUCGCGCGAAUUUCACAAUGUGGUGAUCAGUCGCGAUUUGGGACGUUGAUUUUUCGAGUUUCAGGACUCAGCGCAUCGUACACCUAAGGUUUGUCAUGGGAAAGCAUCAGAUGCUCUUUUAUGCCACUGAAAACUGUAACGAAAGCACCAGUAGCUUGCGACCCACGAGCGUUUUUGCUUAAGUGCCAAAAACAGAGCAGAAAACUGGGCACAUUCCUUUGUGCGAAAUUGGAUUCAGGUCCCUGUGAUCAAUUGUGGUGAAGCUAUGGCGAGACGGAUGCAUGCGGGUGAAAGAAGAUGGCGAUCCUUUCUCAUUCUUCUUUUGACUGUCUGCACCUGCUUGGCAGCGUAUUUCUUCAUUCGCCCCCUACUCUUCAAUCUAUUUUUUUCACAGGCAUCUCUUGCGCAUGUAGCACGACAGCAUCUAGACAAUAAUAGAACAGGAUGCUGUAGGGGUAUAGAGCACACGGAGUUGUGGGGCGAUGCUGUGAACUGGGGCAAUGACUUUCUUCUCGAUACGGCGCAAGAAUGCUGCAACGCUUGUAAAACGAAUCCAACGUGCGAUUCCUGGGUACAUUGCGCUGAUGAAGCAAACUGUGGGAGCUUCUAUCGUCAGUGUUGGUUGAAGAGACAGAAGAAUUCUCUCGAUCCAGAAAGUCAUGACUCGGGCCCAUCUAAUCCUUGGACUUCUGGGCUAGUGCUCGACAAGGAUAUGGCCGUUGUGGGGCUCUCAAUUGACAAUGGCACCAUGAGCGGACAACUCAUACACUUGAAGUUGCUUCCUGAUUGUGCACCAAGCUCGGUACUGCAAAUACUGGACCUGGCCAAGUUGACCCACUGCGCAGGCUGUCGCUUUUAUCGUGCGGAGGGACGUGCGGGACUGUGGGAUUCUUACGGUGGUCACAAUUCCAAGAUGAGGAGUACCGGUCCGCCAUAUGCGGUUGUGCAAGGCACACUGGAGGCUCACCAUGUUCCUUUCAAACAAAUUCCGAAAGAAUACACGCCUGCGAUUUUAAGAGGCAUGGUAGGUUGGUUGGGUGGAGGGCCCGACUUUUUCAUUAGCUUGGCAGACCAUGUGGAGUGGCCUCGCAAGCAUUCGGUUUUCGCAACUGUAGCGGAUGAUGACAUAUCUCUCAUUGAGACCCUUGCAGAACUGCCGACAACUACAGCUACUUGGGAAGGGGUACCGAUUCAGGUUCUUGACAAACCUGUGAACAUUAGACUUGUCCACGUUGACGCACAAAGAGCAAUGGAGCAAUGAUGCAACGUUCUUUAGUGCUCUUGGUGAUCGUAGGUAAAUGGGCACGUAAAGUAAAACCAAACAAAUUGUUUAUGUACUCCUAACUCCAUUUAAGACAGGUCUAUCAGCUCACUACCUCGCCGGUGAACCUUUGCUGUCGCCAUAUAGCCCGAUUGGGUUCAUUUUCGAUU